GACGUCUCUCCCGGAAACGUGCGCGUGAAAGACGUGGUCGGGAUACGUCAUGGCGGCCAGACGCCUUUUCAUGGCUACCCGUACGUGGGCUGCCUGGGAACCCCGGGAGCUCCCAGACUUCGCUACUCCUGUUAGACUCUUGGUUCGAGAUUAUGCCAAGAAGCCAGCAGUCAUGAAGGGAUCCAAAGGCGCCAAAGGCGGGGUGGUCAGCGAGGCCCUGAAGGACCCAGACGUGUGCACAGACCCUGUCCGGCUCACCACGCACGCCAUGGGUGUCAACAUCUAUAAGGAGGGCCAGGACGUGGUCCUCAAGGCGGAUGCCGAGUACCCAGAGUGGUUGUUCCACAUGAACGUGGGCCCCCCCAAGAAGCUGGAGGAGCUGGACCCCGAAACUCGAGAGUACUGGCGACUGCUUCGGAAACAGAACAUCUGGCGGGAAAACCGGCUAAACAAGAACAGGAAGUUCUAAUGGGCCAGGAGGGCAUGGUGUGCCCUUGUCCUCCAAAGACUGUUUUCUUGGAGAAAACGGACUUGCCAGGAUCAAAGGAGGCCCCAGCCUGGUGGGCGGUCCGCAGUGAGGCUGGACCAGGCCUGGGCCCUUAAGAGCUCUAGGCUGGCGCAGUGGUGCACCCCUGAGCCUGAGGCAGGAGGUGCAUGAGUUCGAGACCAGCCUGGGCAACUUAGAAGCAAGAGCCUGUCUCAGUGCCACAAUAAAAAGACGACCUCUCUC